UGUCAUGUCAUGUAGCGUGAAGCUAUAAAUAAGAAAAAUAGUUUUGUGUUUGUGAAUAAGAUUAAGAAAAAAUGUCACGCUAAAUAUAAAAUUAUUAGUCUUAUCAAGAUUUUAAAGAAGUUUUAGUGACUUUAAUUGUAAAAAGUCGUCUUCAAUAAACAUUCUUCAAGAUGAUGUUAACAAUGCAUGGACUACCACCGAAUGCUAAGUACAAUGAGAUUAAGACUCUAAUAAAAGAAAAAUGUAAUCUAACCGAUUUCAUUCUUGGCACUUUGGGUGUUGAUGGAGAUAGAACGAAAAAUGUAAGAGUAGGAGUAGCCUCUGAUAGGGAAGGUGAUAUUAUUAUGAAGUAUUUAGAUGGGUAUCGAUAUUCCGGACAUGUAUUGAGAAUAGUUCCCAUUGGAAAACCUGCUAAUGAAACACCUCAAGUGAAUGUACCGGGUGACACUAGCUAUCAGUGGCGUAACCAGCAGCCUGAGAUGAAUUAUGGAAAUCCAAUGAAUCCCGGCCAACAAGGUGCUUGGCCAGUACCGGCCAACCCACAAUGGCAAAAUACCCAACCAAUACCACAGCAAGUGCCAAUACAAAAUAAUUAUGAAUAUGUUCAACCGAUAGUUCCACAACAAAAUUACUAUCAUGAGGAAAGAUUUCCCCAAAAUCGGGGAUCGCAAGAAGUUUUUUCACAUAAUGUACCAUCUAAUUUGAUUGAGCCUCCAAGAGGUAAUCAACCCAGGCCACAUGCACCAGUUAACAUAGUUAUAACUGAUCAACAACAAAACAGACAGCCAAACCAAGGAGGAAGAUAUCCAAUCCAAGGUUACAAUACUGACAAGCCGCAGACUAUGUCAAAACAAGGUUUCCAAGGGCCUUCGCACAUGGACCCUCAGCCCACACAACCAGGAACAGGACAUUUUCAAGGCCACCAAUGGAUUGCACAUGGACCACAAGAUAAUUCCAGAUUCCAAAAACAGAAUCCACCACAUUUUGAGAAAUCUUCUAACAAAAUCUUGCAACCAGAUAAAAGACAAAAUGUACCUCACAACCAAGAAAGAAAUAUUGAACCUCAAUAUGAGAAAGGACAAAGGAGAUUUUCGCCACCUCGAGAUCAAAAGGAUUCUAAUCAUGACCGCAGGGUGUCGCCACCUGGCCAUAGAAUUUCGCCAAAUGGCCACAGAAUUUCGCCAAAUGGCCACAGAAUUUUGCCAUCUGGCCGAAGAAUCUCACCGGCCCCAAGAAAUUCUCAAUUUAAGGAUGGACGUCGAUUUUCACCACAACGUCAAAUCCAUCCAUCAGGACGCCAAAUGUCGCCAACUGGACGUCAAAAUAUACAACCCGGAGGCCAAAACCAACCCGGACGUAGAAUUUCACCACCAGGCCGUCGAUUUUCACCACUAGGUCGUCAUUUUACCCAAUCCGAUCACCAAAAUUUGCAAUCUGGACGUAGAAAUUCUCCACCUGUUCGAAGAAUUUCGCCACCGCCACGACAAAUAGGACCUACUGGUCGUCCGAUUUCGCUAUCAGGUCGAAGAAUGUCACCAUCAGGACAAAGAUUUUCGCCAUCAGGUCGUCGAAAUUCGCCAUCGGGACGUCAAUUUUCACCUUCAGGUCGAAGAAUUUCACCUUCUGGUCGAAGAAUUUCACCUCCUGGUCGAAGAAUUUCACCUACUGGUCGAAGAAUUUCACCUUCUGGACGAAGAAUUUCACCUUUUGAUCGAAGAAUUUCACCACGAGGGCAAAGAAUAUCGCCUUCGGGACGGAGGAUGUCGCCUAUGGGACGUAAACAUUCACCUUCUGAAAGGAGAAUUUCACCAAGUGGACGAAGAAUGUCUCCAGGUCAUAGAACACCUCCAGAAAGAAGAGUUUCACCUGGACUUAGGAUUGCUACAAUGACUAAAGGUCCCCAAGGUGACAGACAUAUGACACAGAGAAUGUCACCAGGCAAGCCCACAAUGGGUAGGAAGAUGUCACCUGGCAGACACAUUUCUCCCAAUCGUGGACCUCCGCCGAGGACAUUUGAUAGGUACUCACCGUCACGCAAGCCAAUGGACAAUAUACGUGGUGGUCCUAAAGAUGUGAGACCCGCAUUCGUCGCCAUGACACAGGCACAAAAUCAACCUAUGUACUCAGGUGGCUACCCUUCCAACAGCCGGGAAACUGAACAAUAUCCACCAGGUCCACGCAAAGGCGAUCAACGGCCCAAUUGGCAAGAAAGAGAAAAAUCAUAUCAGCCUCCAGCGAAGCCAGUUGAAGACAGGCGAGAUAUACCUGGAGUGCAGAAGUAUGAGUCGCGGAGGGGAGGGGAUUAUUCUAGGCCGGUUAUAAAUCAACCAGAAAACAAAGUUCUAUCACCGGGUCGAAUGUCACGUUCUCCGAAUCGAAGAGACCGUUCUCCUGUUAGAGAUCGGUACAGGAGAGAUUCUCCAUCACCAAGAUCUCCACGUCGCUCCUGGGCAUUGGAAAAACGGCGCAGUCCCAAUAACAUUGAACCACCUCCUCCACCGUCUUGGCCUGAACGUCAAGAAAACGUAUACAAAUCAAAUCGUCAACACGAUGAAGGGAAUAUCAAGAAACCUGUCUGGGAAAAACCUGAAGUCCGUCAAAAAGAAGAAGUUAAUCCAACAUUCUUCCGCAAAGAUCAUCGUAGUUACGAUCGUGGAGAUAAAAAAUAUUUUGAAAUCCCAUCACGAAGUCAGUGGGAUUCACAUCAUCAACCUAAUCAAACAAACAAGGAUGAGCUUCGUGAUCGAUCACCACUUCGGUCGAGACCGUACUCACCAAAUAAAAACGAAUCGAAAUUACCUCGCGAAGAUUAUGAUAUGAAACGCCGGAAUGAAUUUCAACAACAAGGUUCUCGAUAUCAAGAACCGCGAGUGGAGCGAUACCAGAAAAGAGAAAAUAUCAAGGACGAUUAUGACGAAUUCCACCAUAAAAGCCGUCAAAGCUUCGAAAACAGAGAAGAAAAUUUGUGCAAGGAACAGGAAAAUAUAGAUAGAGAACUAGAAGAUGUCUACGAAAGAGCCGCUGAAUUAACAAGAAAAACUGAUGAAUAUAAAAGAAAGAUAAAUUCAAAUACAAGACUUACCUCUGUUGGUGAUCAACGUCGCCCAGAAGAUGAUGAUUUUAAAAAUGUAAAAGUAGCGCCUGCCAAGCAAGAUUUUUACCAAGCUUCUCACUCGAAGUUUGAUAAAAAUCCAAGACAAGUGGAUGAAAAGUUUAGUGUUGAUUUAUCCCCGGCUGUUCAAUAUAAAAGAGAUAAAGCAGUUGAUGACCUAACAAGAAAAGUAUUAUUGAAAUUUGCUCCACAUUUCAAAGGAAAAAUUAGAGAUGAUAUUGAAGAACAACUCAAGAUUAUAAUAGAAGACAUGAUUUUUGAAAUGUUUGGCGACAAAGACGUGUCAUUUAUAGAAAUCGUCAUCAAGUUCGAGGAAAGACACGGCAUCAAGGGUAUGGAGAAGAUAUUCGACAAAGUUAUAUCGAAGUUUCCGAUAGAAAUCAGGGUGAUGAAGCGGUCUGCACCAGGAGCAAAAGUUUUCUCUAAACCGAAGUUUAUUCGAGAAGGACCGAUGAGAAAUUCUGUCGCUAUGAAGAGAACUAAACCAAUGGAUAUGCGGGAACCAGCUAAAAGACCAAUGAGAUACGACCCAACUCUAAACAAAGUACCAGCGAAAAGAUUACUUCCAGUUAAGAAGGUCGCUACGAAACAAGUUAUAAAAAAAGAUGUGCUAACCAAAAACAGCGGAGCUGUCAUUGUAGGCAAACCAGUAUUAAAUAAAGACCUAAUUAGAAAAGCGCCAGAAACGAAGCCCACAGCAGGAGAAACAUCUGUUAAAAAGACACCAGAGCAGUCCAAGAGUGAAGAUUCAAAAAGUAUUCCUGCCACAUCGAAAACUAGUACAUCUUCUUCAACAACUAAAGCAGUAACAAAAGCAGUGGUUAAAGAAGAACGGAAAGACGAUGCUAAAGACAAGGCUCGAGAGGAAUAUCAAGAGCUCAGUCCUCUGUUGUCUUGUGCGUUGGAUUCUGAACUCGAAGAUAUUAUGAUUAAGGUGUGGCAAGAACUCCCCGACGAACCCUCAAGCAAGGCAGAAGAGCAUGUCGUUGAGAAGAUUCGUAACGAAGCUGGUGAUGAUUUGAGAAACGUAAUAGGAUUGAAUAUUACCAAGAGAUUAUUGAAUAUAACCAACAGUUUAUAUGCAAAGUUAAUCUUUAAUAUGCGUCCCGAAAGAGGUGCCCUGAUGGACUUUAUUAAGAAAUACAAAUUGAAAACAUUUAAACGUAUAAGCGACGAGUCCCCAAUCUUCGCAGCACAAUUCAGCAAUUACGAAGACUACGAUCGCGUUUGUAAAGAUAGAGUUGUUUAUUGUGGUGAAGUUAGAGUAAAUGUGAAAGCAUGCUACAACUACAGAACGUGUCCGCUGAAUUUGAGAACCGUUUUCAGCCAACACGAUAAAAAUACAACAAAUAGUAAUAAUGACAAAGAAAGUGACGUAAAAUUAACAAAUGAAGCGUCUGAAGGGAAAAUACCUGUCAAAAAUAAAGAAAGCGAUAAAAUACAAGAUGUUAAAAGUAAUGAAACAUCAACCAAUGUUUCUGUCAAAACUGAAACUACUAAUGAAACAAAGUCCGUCACAAACAUUGGAACCAAAAUUGACAGAAUUAUAAUUAAAAUAGAAAAAGAAGAGGAUGGUGGAAAUAACGAUAUAAAAGGUGACAAAAUAAACAAGUCAGAAAUAAUGCAAAUAGCACAAGUUAAAAUUGAACCAACAGAACAAAAAGAAGGAAACAAUAAGGUUGAUGAAGUGAAUAAAUCACAAACAGGAAAUACUGAAGUGCAAGUUACACAAACAAAUAUCAACAUACCAAAUGAAAUCCAAGUUAAAACUGAACCAUCACAAGACAAGGAAGAAAAUGAAAAAGUUGACAAAGCAAAUGAAGAACAAAUUGAUAACUUACAAACAAUAACCCAAGAAGCAAUAACACAAACAAAUAUCAAACAAGAAAAGGAAAGCAAUGAAAAGUUUGAAAUGAAAGAUGACGAAAAAAAAUUAAAAGAAACAAUUAAUGAAAUCGAAGCAAUUGAGGAACCAGAUGUUCUUGCGUUGAUUUCUGAGGGAAUCGUUUUAGACGAGUGCAGUGGCUCCGAUAUAGAGUAA